GCGGCCUUCAGCAGUUCACGAGCCGACGCAAGCGCGCGCAGACAGCAAUGGGGCUCCGCAGCAUGAGAAGAAAGAGUUUCAUAAACCGUGGAUAAUCGGAUCGAUUACUAUAGCGAUGUUAUCGCGAGCGUAAAGACGCGCGAUUUCUUUUCAAGUCGGAUUUUUUUUGUUAAGAUUGUGACAAAAUAAAGAGCGUUGCGAAUCUUCAGACGUCAUCUGGAAGCGUGGAUCUGUUGUUAUUGCCUUUUGCCCCUGCAGCAAAGCCCGGGGAUGAUGUUGUCCGUUCUCUCGUACGGUAGACUCGUGGCACGGGCGGUCAUCGGCGGACUCUCUCAAACCGACAGCCGCGACUACAGCCUCGUGUCCGCCAGCUGCGGCUUCGGAAAGGAUUUUCGGAAGGGGAUCUUAAAGAAGGGCAUGUGUUAUGGGGAUGACGCGUGUUUUAUAGCGCGGCACAGAUCUGCCGAUGUGUUAGGUGUAGCUGAUGGAGUGGGUGGCUGGCGUGAUUACGGUGUCGAUCCCUCUCAGUUCUCUGGGACCCUCAUGAGGACAUGUGAGCGUCUGGUUAAAGAAGGAAGAUUUGUGCCGAGCAAUCCCGUGGGAAUCCUCACCACCAGCUACUAUGAGCUACUUCAGAACAAAGUACCGCUGUUAGGAAGCAGUACCGCAUGCAUCGUAGUGCUGGACAGACAGAGUCAUCAGCUACACACAGCCAAUCUGGGAGACUCUGGGUUUCUGGUUGUCAGAGGAGGUGAAGUGGUCCACCGCUCUGAUGAACAACAACAUUACUUCAACACACCUUUCCAGCUAUCUAUCGCCCCUCCAGAGGCAGAAGGCUCUGUCCUCAGUGAUAGCCCGGAGGCUGCGGAUAGCUCGUCCUUUGACGUCCAGUUGGGUGACAUCAUACUCACGGCUACAGACGGUCUCUUUGAUAAUAUGCCAGACUACAUGAUCUUACAAGAACUCAAAAAGCUCAAGAAUACCAACUAUGAAAGCAUCCAACAAACGGCCAAGAGUAUUGCUGAACAGGCCCACGUUCUAGCAUAUGACCCCAAUUACAUGUCCCCUUUUGCACAGUUUGCCUGCGAUAACGGCUUGAAUGUCAGAGGAGGAAAGCCAGAUGACAUCACUGUACUGCUGUCUAUUGUAGCGGAGUACACAGACUGACACUUUUAAGGGCUGUACAAUGUUUCGUCUUCCUCGCAGUCACUGGACGGGCGGCUGUUUUCCUGCUGGCAGGAUUGAGGGCUGUGUGAACCGUACUGUCUAUGGCAGAGCCCAUCUAUUGGAUGGCUCAUUCUAAUGAUGUCAUCUCCUUUUGUCAGCAGGCUCAUGACAAAGUAAAAGUUCACCUUUAUCAUCUUGAUAAAGACUGCUGUAGUCGUUGUUCAGUUUCUCACUUUCGAGUGUCUUGACAAGGGCUGCAUCAAAUGUUUGAGGACAAAGUAUCAUGACGAUGAAAAUGGAGGUCCAGUAAUCAGGGAAAAGCAAGGAAUAACAAUCUAAUAAGGGAUAAACAUCCCCCCCAAAAAGAAAAAAGUUCACAUCAGGAAGAAACAUUAGGAUGGCAGCGUAAUGCCAAUUUUAGAUCACUUUACUCUGGGGAGUGUAUAUUUUUUGCAAAAGGUCAAGGGAGAUACCCUUACGUCUCUUGCAAUUUUGCCUGUUUACUUUCCGUUUAAAAGACAUCUGAUCUGCGUGUUUUGGACAGACAUCUGCUGUGGGCUGGGAUGGCAGCUGAAAUGUGAGGCACAACCAAUUCUUCACUAGCUAAUGAACUGUUUGUAUUUCGUAGUGCGUUUAAACGGUCAUGUAAGUUAAUGAUCAACCAUAGAAAUGCCUUUUUGUAUGACAAAACAAUUGGUUUUAAUGACCAAUAAAAGGGUCAUAUAGGUCUUACGUUUAACUCAAUAAUAAAAUACUGCAACACACGUCUUCAGCAAAACAGAUUUCAAGUCACGGGCAACUUCUAGUUGAUCCGUAUGCUUGGCAAGACAACUCUUUUCUUUCAUAUUCAUUAAUUAUUAAAACAGUAUUAGUUCCCUCUUUCGGUUUUCAACAUAAUUAUAGCAAUGCAAGAGACUGCAAGGGAUUAUGGGAUGUGUUGAGCAGAAAAAAACAGUCCCACUUAAACCACUUUAAAUAGGUUCACAUUUUUGUGGUGCGUAUGUAAGUAAGCGAAAGAAACGUUUAUGAGAUGUAGAUAUUUGGGAAAACUGGCUGUAUAUUUAUUACUGAAAUGCAUUUGGAAAGUGUAGAUGAGAAUAUAUUUGAUAUUUGUGUGGAUUCUGUGUUUAAACAUUUCUUGCUCUUUUUCUAGUAAACUUUGAAAUAUCACUUGAGAUGUUUACGCACAAAGCUAAUGCUAGCAUCUGUGAAUGCUUUCAUUGGGUAUGUGAUGGAUCACAUGAUCUAAUAAAGUUAUAUUUUUUAUAA